AUGUCUGACGACAAAGGCGAAACCUUCGCAUUCCAAGCUGAAAUUGCUCAGCUUAUGAGCUUGAUUAUUAACACAUUCUACAGCAACAAAGAAAUUUUCUUGAGAGAGUUGAUUUCGAACUCUUCCGAUGCGUUGGACAAAAUCCGUUAUCAGGCUCUUACUGAACCAGGAGAGCUCGACACAGGAAAGGAGUUGUACAUCAAAAUCAUCCCCAACAAGGAGGACAAAACCCUCACUAUCAUUGAUACUGGUAUUGGAAUGACUAAGGCGGACCUGGUCAAUAAUUUGGGAACGAUCGCCAAAUCAGGAACGAAGGCUUUCAUGGAGGCCUUACAGGCUGGAGCUGACAUCUCAAUGAUUGGGCAAUUCGGUGUCGGUUUCUACUCGGCCUUCCUGGUUGCAGACCGCGUCGUAGUCACGUCCAAGCAUAACGAUGAUGACUGCUAUCAAUGGGAAUCCAGCGCUGGCGGCUCAUUCGUAGUUAGAGCAGUCAACGAUCCUGAAGUAACUCGUGGAACUAAGAUUACCAUGCAUAUCAAGGAGGACCAGACUGAAGUCUUGGAGGAACGCCGCAUCAAGGAGAUUGUUAAGAAGCAUUCUCAGUUCAUCGGCUAUCCGAUUAAACUUGUGGUAGAGAAAGAGCGUGAGAAGGAGGUUGAAGAUGAUGAAGCAGAAGAGACGAAAGAGGAGGCCAAGGAAGGCGAAGUUGAGAAUGUCGGCGAGGACGAGGAUGCCGAUAAGAAGAAGAAGAAGACCAAGAAGAUCAAGGAGAAGUACCACGAGGAUGAGGAGCUGAACAAGACUAAGCCGAUUUGGACUCGUAACCCUGAUGACAUCUCCAAUGAAGAAUAUGCAGAGUUCUAUAAGAGCUUGUCGAAUGACUGGGAAGAUCACCUUGCAGUGAAGCACUUUUCUGUGGAAGGGCAACUGGAAUUCCGUGCGCUUCUCUUUGUUCCUCAGCGUGCUCCGUUCGAUCUUUUUGAAAACAAGAAGAACAAGAACUCGAUCAAGCUGUAUGUGCGACGAGUUUUCAUCAUGGAGAACUGCGAGGAGCUGAUGCCCGAAUACCUCAACUUCAUUAAGGGUGUCGUAGAUUCUGAAGAUCUUCCGCUUAACAUUUCCCGAGAAAUGCUCCAACAGAGCAAGAUCUUGAAGGUUAUCCGCAAGAACCUUGUUAAGAAGUGCCUGGAGCUGUUCGAGGAAAUCGCUGAGGACAAAGACAACUUCAAGAAAUUCUACGAACAGUUCGGAAAGAACAUAAAGCUCGGUAUCCAUGAGGACUCGACCAACCGCAAGAAGAUGGCUGACUUCCUUCGCUACUACUCAUCCUCUUCGCCCGAUGAGCAAACUUCUCUCAAGGAUUAUGUGUCGCGUAUGAAAGACAAUCAGACUCAGAUCUACUACAUUACCGGAGAGUCCAAGGAUGCUGUGGCCAACUCUGCAUUUGUUGAACGGGUUCGCAAUCGUGGAUUCGAAGUUUUGUAUAUGGUUGACCCAAUCGAUGAGUACUGCGUGCAGCAACUGAAGGAAUACGAAGGAAAGAAACUGGUGUCUGUAACGAAAGAGGGUCUGGAACUUCCAGAGUCCGAGGAUGAGAAGAAGAAGUUUGAGGAAGACAAGGUCAAGUUCGAGAACCUCUGCAAAGUCAUCAAGGACAUUCUUGAGAAGAAAGUUGAGAAGGUCGUCGUUUCGAACCGACUCGUCCACUCUCCUUGCUGCAUUGUCACUUCUGAAUACGGUUGGUCCGCGAACAUGGAGCGUAUUAUGAAGGCACAGGCCCUCCGAGAUUCAUCAACCAUGGGUUACAUGGCUGCGAAGAAACACCUCGAAAUCAAUCCCGACCAUGCAAUCAUGAAAACUCUCCGCGAAAGGGUCGAAGUUGACAAGAAUGAUAAGACUGUGAAAGAUCUUGUUAUUCUUCUCUUCGAGACUGCUUUGUUGUCAUCUGGCUUCACCUUGGAGGAGCCCCAGUCCCACGCUUCAAGGAUCUACAGAAUGAUCAAGCUGGGUCUCGAUAUUGGAGAUGAUGAGGAUGAAGAACUCCCUGCUGCUUCUUGUGCAGCUGAGGUUCCUAAAGUUGCCGGUGCUGAAGAAGACGCAUCCCGAAUGGAGGAGGUCGACUAG